UUAACUCCCUAGGUGGGUCUUUGAAUGCUUCAUCCGCUUUUUCCUACAACACUUUAAGGCGACAUGUGACGUCGGCCUGCUUUGGUCACGCGGUCAGUGACAUCAGAAGAAGCGUUACGUACGCAGAUGUGCUCCACACAUGUAACAGCCGGCUCUCUGUGAGCACCACAGCCUCGUUUCACCGUCAUACUACGACUGGACCUUCAGGGACAGAGCAGGACCGUCACCUUUCGAGUACCUGCUGUAAAACCAACACCUUUGAAUACAACCGUUUUAGUUAUAGGGUGCCUCCGAUGAAGCUAACAGCAGUUAGCUUAGCUAGCAUCGCAGGUGAACUUUACCACCGCUGCUGAUUGAGUAACGUUCAACUUUACCCGUGUCGUUCGAGCUAGCCAGGCAGGUGAAGCUACAGCUAAACACAAGGACGGACUUUGAACUUUACAAGGGUACGAAUUCUGUUUUGUUAGCUGCUAAAGAGGUGCUAGCCAGCUGAGUAGUAGUUGCCGAUUAGCCAGUCGGACUUCCUUGUGUCGUUCGAGGUCAUUCGGUACCGUCCGUCUAAGAGAGCCGGCUACUACCGUGAAAUUAGUCAUGAAGAGCCUCCCGUACUUCUGCCGUGGAGAGGUCAUUCGAGGCUUUGGGCGAGGAAGCAAAGAACUGGGAAUUCCCACAGCCAACUUUCCAGACGCUGUGGUGGACAAUCUUCCAGCAGAUAUCAGCACAGGGAUCUACUACGGCUGGGCCUGCGUUGGUAAUGGGGAUGUCUACAAAAUGGUGAUGAGCAUUGGCUGGAACCCCUACUACAAAAAUACUAAGAAGUCCAUGGAGACCCAUGUGAUUCACACAUUCAAAGAGGACUUUUAUGGAGAGAUUCUCAGUGUUGUCAUGGUGGGCUACAUCCGUCCAGAGAGAAGUUACGACUCACUUGAAGCCCUUAUUACGGCCAUCAACAAUGACAUCGAGGAGGCCAAGGUCAAGCUGGAGCUCCCAGAGCAUCUCAAACUGAGAGAGGACAACUUCUUCACCAGUGUUCGUAGCUCGUCUUCAGCUGUGCCCCCCACCACUGCAUCCACGUCACAGACUAUUAUGAAUGGUCACUGACAGCUGGCUGUGACUGCAGCACAACACUCGCACACCAGAGGAACCACACGUUUCUGUAUACACACACCUGUGUGUGUGUGUGUGUAUGUACUCAUUAAAAUCCACACCCUUGCUCUGAGAUGUAUUUGCUGUCACCGUGGCUGCACAUGGACCUUAUCAUAAACAGCCAAUCUUUUUUUUUUUUUUAAAUAUUCUAUUUUUCAUAUACUUUGCUGAUCUGUCUGUGUUUAAAGAGCUGUUCAACUUCCUGUAUGGGUUUGUUGCAGACAUCCAACCACUUCAUAGAACAUAUGGAUCUGUAUAUAUUUAGACCAGUUGCCGAAUCAGUGUAGCGGUGUAUGAAGCUCUUGGAUCUCAGUAGUCCUGUAUAAUCUGGAAUCUUUCAUGUGAGAUGGUACCUUUCUAAAAUGUAGAUUUUGGGAUAUGGCUCACCACAAAAUACAGGCAGAUUUGUAACCAUCUAUAUAUGGCAAAUGACACAAAUAGACCAUAAACUCUACUCUGAAUACGUUGUAGCCAAGGUGUUUUGUGUCUGCGUUAGAUGGUUAGAGUCUGGGCAUUAUUAUCUGCGACUGAAACACUGGAUGACUUUAUGCAUCAAUGGUAUUAAAGAAUCUGUUCUUUCCUUUUCCUCUUGAGAAAGCAUCUGUCACCUUGUUUUUGAGCCCUGUUUAAAAAUGAAUCACCCUCUCACAUCAAACCUGAGAUGGGAUUUGUGAUUUGUUUUUUCAUGCUGUACAAGAAUUAUUUAAUAACCAGCAGCAUGGUUAUUCAUUGAACAAACAGUGUUCAAAAACAUGAUUUAAGGAUAGGCUUGAAGGAUGGAAAAUGAUUUAUUUUUCAUUAUUAAUACUAAUUCUAUAGCCCGGGCAACAGUCUUUGAAGUUUAUAGUUACAAACUUAGACCAUACAAAUGUUUAAUGAUGAUGCAGAAUCUCAGAUCAGAAAACCCUGCCAUAAACAAAAUAUUCUUUAUUUAUAUUACAGUUCCUUUUUUUUUUAGUUCAUGUGGUCUUUUAAAAUUCAACCAAUCAUAUUCACAGAUCAUUGACAUAACAAUGUAAGAGGAAAUACCUCUGUACCGUUUGUGUGCGGACCUGUUUUUCAAAGAAAAUGACAUGAAACUUUUUAACAUACGAGUGUGUAAAGUUCUUCGAACCCCUGUAAAUAUUGGUUUUAAAUGAAUGAAGUACACAAGUCCAGCAGUGUGAUCCUGGAUUUUAAGUCUGUACAGUAAUUUAGUUUUAGAGUGUUAUCCGGAGUAAAAGGUAUGACUGAAACAGUUUAAUUUCUUGAGAGGAAAGGUUCUAAGAGCUUUAGGCCUAUAAAAUGAUGGAGAAGCAGUACUUCACUUUGCUAUGUAAAGUUUUUAUUUCAUGUUGAAUACUAAAUUAUCCAUCAUGGUCAUUUUUCAAAGCACUUAAUGUACGUAAGAAAUGUCACUGUAACGUUCAGUUGUAAUGUGCUGCUGCUUGAGAUCUGUCAAACAGUUUCAGGAUGAGCACACUUGACCCCACUGCAUUAAGGUGAAAUAUGUUUCAGGCAUAUUUGUUGCAAUUAUUUGUUUGAGUUUACACAGGGACCAGGGUUACUGCAAAUAUAAUUACAUCUUCCGCACAUCUUUUAUGUUUUCAUUCUUGUGUUGUAUAUGAUUUCAUCAAAUAAAUAGUUUGAUCAAGA